GGGGGGGUUCCCAGGGAUCAUACAUCACUUGUAUGUGGAGAAGAAGAGAGCGUUUACGCCUUCUGUCGCAUCAAUGCAGAGGUUCACUCUUUUUUUUUUUUCUCGCAAGUUAAGUGAUGAUAAUGCAGUGGCAGUAUGUCUUCUCUCCUUUCUCUCAUUUUGUGGCAAAAUCUGCUCCUUUUUUUUUUCUUCUUCUCUAUUCUAACUCAAAGUCUAGUUCUUAUAUCUACAUUAACACCCCCUUGACCUUUUUUUUUCUGUAUGCAUUUAUCUGAAUAGAACGUCAC